AGGAAGGGUGCAGCGAUUUCCCCCAGCUCCCCAGCUGAGAACCCAGAUAUGGAAAUCACAGCAUUGCGGGAGUAGAGUUAUCUUCGUUGUUAGUGCGGCUCGUAUAGAGUAUCCCUCAUUAAGCGAGUUCGUGCGCGCAGUGACCGGAUGCUACCUCACUCAGGAGACACCCGGAUUUUGCUGCAUCCGCAAUGAUCUGAGUGUUACUCCGGAAAGUCGUGCAGCGUGUCCGUGGUGCAUUUUCCACCCCAAACCUUCAGUUUUUACUGUCUCAGAGACUGCACGUGCGUCACUAUGGAGUGGCUAAGAUUCAGAACCGUGGACAGCGCUGGUGUUUUCCUCUGUCUCCUUUGCACGCUGUCGGGGGUCUCAGUUGUGGCAGAACAGGAAGUGGAGAAUCUGUCCGGUCUCUCUCCAAACCCAGACAAAGACAUUUUCGUGGUGCGUGAAAAUGGAACGACUUGUUUGAUGGCGGAGUUUGCGGUGAAAUUCGUGAUUCCCUACGAUGUGCUCGCGCUUAACGGAAUAGACUUGAUCACGGAGCAGGCGGCUGUCUUUCUCCCUCGCGGUGCGCAGAUCGCAGGCAUGUGCGGAAGCAGCGAGGCAGAGCUGCAUGUCUCCUGGAGCAAUAACGCCUACACGCUCCGCCUGUACUUCAGCAAGGAGAAACGCACCGUGAGAAAAGAUGGGAAAACUACAGAGAGUGAAGUGUGGAAGAUAAGCAAGGUUCAGCUGGUUUAUGACACCUCAGAGACAACGCACUUCAUCAACGCAUACAAUCCGGGGAAACACACUGCCAGCACCCAUCAUCUCUCAGCCUUGGUGACACCGGCUGGCCGCUCGUACGUGUGCACAGCUCAGCAGACCCUCACUCUUAUCUCCAGUGACCACCAGAAAGGAAUCACGGUCUCCAUGUCUGACCUUCAGAUCCAACCCUUUGACAUCCAAAGCGACUUCGUGUUCAGUGAACCAUAUAAGUGCAUCACAGACCAACGUGAGCGGAUAGAGGAGAUUCUGCCUCUGGUGUUGGGGCUCAUUCUGGGCUUCAUCGUCGUCAUCACCGUUAUUAUCUACCACUUCCAUCUCAAACUGACGGCUCAUCAACCCCAGCUGCCCCGCGACCGCUCUCUCUACAAGCACAUGUAGAGACUGUCUAUGCACCAUGACCAAGGCAUGCCAUUGGGGGAACAGUCCGAUAUCCGCAAACAUUUUGCUUGAUGCUUCUGUGAAAACUUGAGUUUUUCCAUCAUUAAUGUCCGCUGCCUAAU